AUGGAGCCCCGGGGUGGCCCCUCAGGCUACUGCUCGUCAGCUGCUGUUGCUGACGCCGCAGCAGCACCAGCAUCAGCAGCAGCAGCAGCAGCUUCAGCAGCGGCUGGCGAGCGGGAGGAUGGGGAGCACCUAGUGCUGCUGCUGCAGCAGCAGCUCGAGUGCCUGUACACGAACCCGGACCCUCAGAAGAAGGCAGCAGCAAACAGCUGGCUGCUGCAGUUUCAGCGGUCUGCUGCUGCUUGGACUGUGGCGCGGCAGCUGCUGCUGCAGCAGGAGCAGCAGCUGCAGCUCGCGGGGGCGCAGACGCUGGCGUGGAAGAUAGAGAAUGAGGGUUUGCUGCUUCCGCAAGAGCACAAGGACGAGCUUUCUGCUGCUCUGUUUGCUGCUGUGAUUCACAUGCAAGAGCAGCAGCAGCAGCAGCAGCAGCACGAGCAGCAGCUCAGCUACGCGGUGGGGGGGCGGCUGGGCCACUGCCUGGCAGCGCUUGCCUUCCAGCGGAUAGCGGACGUGCACCAGCAGCAGCAGCAGCAGCAGGAGCAGCAGCAGGGGGAGGAGGAGCAGCAGCAGCAGCAGUUUGAGGACCAGCAGCAGCAGCAGCAGCUGUGGGAGCCGGUGGCGCAGCUGAUCUCGUUCGGGAGCCGGAGCCGAGCGGCGUCGCCGCUGUCGCCGGCGAGCAGCGUGAGCACCAGCAGCAGCAGCAGCAGCAGCACCAGCAGCAGCAGCAGCCUGGCCCUCGACUGGAGCCUCUGGGUCAGCUUAGCAGCACUUGCUGCUCUCCCCUCCAUUUUGCGUUCUUUAGAUAUUCCCUCGAGGGGCCCCCGCAGGCACUUGGAUGGGGCCCCCAGCCGAGCAGUUGCUGCUGCUCGUCCUGCAGUUUUGUCCUUCGGAACCAGCGUGCUGUCUGCUGCUGCAGCGGCGGUGGCGGCCAGCAGCAGCAGCAGCAGCAGCAGCAGCAGCAGCAGCGUGGAGGCGAAGUGCGGGGAGGCGGCGCUGGCGCUCCUGUCGGUGUGGCUCGAAGGCGCGGAAACAGCAGACAUUCCCGUGGGAGAUCUUUGCAGGUCUUUGGGAACUUCUUUAAAUUCUUUUUUUCAUGAAAGUUCUUUAACUGAUUGUCUUGUUGCUGCUCUUCCGCGGCUGCCGGCGUUCAUGGCUCUCUGGGGUGUACAGACAGCUCCGGGGGGCCUCGAGGCCUUCUGGGGGCGCCCCACAAUGCCUGCGCACACUCCGGAGGGUUUGCUGCUGCAGCAGCUGCUGCUGAAGUUUCAGCAGCUCGCGCAGGACGUCGAGGACAACUUGCUGCUGCUGCAGCAGCAGCCGCGCAGCAGCAAGACCGCCGCGCUCAUCCGCUGGUGCGGCGUGCUGCUGACGGUGAUCGAGGGGCACCCGCAGCUGCUGCUGCUGCCUGCUGCUGCUGCAGCGGGCCGGCUGCUGCUGCUGCUGUGGCAGGCGAACCCCCUCACGUGGCUGCGGGUCUCCGCCUUCUGGGACCAAGUGAAGGAAAUGCGGCGGGACGGGCUGCUGCAGCAGGAGCUGCUGCAGCAGCUUGCUGCUGCUGUUGCUCCCUGCUGCAUCUCCGCGCUGCUGCGCCACAGCCGCCGCGACAGCUGCUGCUGGCAGUCCGAAGGAAAUGAAGAAUGGGUUUCUUUCAUUGAUGCUGCUGGAGAUGUGCUGACGGACUUGUUGAGUUUGUACGAGGCGUGUGGGCAGCAGCAGCUGCUGCAGUUCCUGUCUUUCUUUGCUGCGCUGCUGCUGCAGGCAGUCGACAAGGCCGACGCAUGCGCUGCGGAGAGUUUGCUGCUGCUCUGCGACGCCCUUAUUGAAACCCUUAAUGGCAUCCCGCUGCCGCUUGCUGCUGUGCUGCUGUCGCUCGAGCGGCUGCCGCAGGAGCCCCGAGUUGCUGUUGCUGCUGCGCUGCUGCUGCGCAAAGUCACCAUACAUUUCACAGAAGACCCUGUCUAUGACGGGCUGCAGUCGGGGCUGACUGCUUCGGUUUGCUGCUGCCACCCGCUGCUGUCAGCCCUCUGGGUGUCUUCUGUGAGGUCCAUUGGCAGGUUGCUGCUGCUGCAGCCGCCGCUUGUUGCAGACACUUUGCUGCAGCUGGCCACUUGGGGCGGCCACCACCUCGGCUUUGCUGCUCUCGAGGACCUCCAGCUGCAGCAGCAGCAGCACCUCCCCACCGACUCCUCCCCGGAGGCCGUUGCAGCUGCUGCAGCCGCCGUUUCCAAUGCAGCCGCUGCGGCUGCUGCUGCUGCUGCUGCUGCCGUUGCUGCUGCAACCGCAGACCCGGCCGUCAUGGCGGAGAGGCGCCUGCAGCAGCUCCGCGAGUUCUACCGAUUUGUUGCUGCUGCAGCCCCGCAGCAGCAGCCACAAGUAGAUGGCACGCUGCAUGCUGCAGUGAUUAAGCUGCUGCAGAACUUCCCGCCCCUCGACAUGAUGUGUCUUGUUUGCGAGCUUCUGCAAGACACGGCGGAGGGCAUCCGCAGCAGCAACAGCAGCAGCAGCAGCAGUAACAGCAGCAGGCGCCAGCAGGCAGCACGCCUCCUUGCGCGACUCGAUUGCUGCGCUGCUGCCUUUUUUUCAGAGAAGGUUGAAGUGUCCAGGGGCCCCGCUGCAGCUGCUGCUGCUGCUGCUGCUGGCAGCAGCGACUCCAGCGCAGCAAGCGACUGCCUGUCGCUCUUGCUGCUGCGGUCGCCGAAGGAGCAGCAAGAGUUCCUUCAGAAGCACGGGUCUAGCUGCUCCCUGAAGCAGCAGCAGCAACAGCAGCAGCAGCAGCAGCAGCAAGGACAAGGCAACGACACUCCCUUGUGGGUCUAUUUGCUUCAGCUUGUGCAAGAUGUGCUGCUGCACUGCCCUGCAGCACCGCCGCGGGUGGGAGCUGGCAGAGACCGUUUGCCUUUUUCUUUGCUGCUGGACUUGAAGCCCCGAAUGCCGCAGCUGCAGAAGCCCGAGAAGUACUACCAGCAACAGCAGCAGCAGCAGCAGGAGCAGCAAGACACGGAAACAGGAGGGGCUCUCUUUGUCCGGGCGCUGCGGUGUCUGCGGCUGCUGCUGGCUGUUCUGGGCUGCAGAGAAGAUGCACAAGACAUGUGGGGAGCUGUGAUUUUGAUUGUGGAAUCGUGUCUUUCUUCUGCUGCUGCUGCAGUACAGCAGCAGCAGCAGGAGCCGAGCGUCGCAGCUGCUGUGGCGCUGCAGGGCUGCUGCAUCGUGCUGCUGUCCGACUUGCUGAAGGUCACAGCAGCAAAUGCGCAGCUGCAGGGUUUGGUGCGUCAGCGAAUCUCACAUGAUGCUGCUGCUGCAGUUGAGCUGUAUGUACACCUGAGCCCUCACCUCUCCCCGGACAUGGCUGAUGCGUACAUCCCGCUGCUGGAGUUUCUGUCGGCCUUCGCGUCAGCUUCUGGGCAACAGCAGCAGCAGCAGCAGCAGCAACAGCAGCAGCAGCAGCAGCAGCAGCAAGGAGCAGCAGCAGCAGCAGGCGACAGCAGCUUUUUCAGCAGCCGAACAUACGAACAGUCGCUCGUGCUGUGUGCGCACAUUCUGCGGGGCGACGACGCAGAGGUGGCUAAGAGGUGUUUAAGUUACUUGUACGUUUGCUGCUGCUGCUGCCCGAAGGAAGAGCAGCACCAAACAGAGCAGCAGCUGCAGCAGCUGCUGCCAGCUAUCCUCGGCUCUCUGGGCGUCUGGGGCAUCGAGAGUCUGGCCGUGCUAUGGAAGGUAUUCGCGCAGUGGGGCGAGAGGUACAACAGCACUUUGCUGCUAUGCGUUUCAUCCUGGCUGAAGGAGCCCAGCAGCAGCAGCAGCAGCGGCAGCAGCAGCAGCAGCAGCGGCGGUGCAAGUAGCACCAGCUCUGGGGCCGCCGCAGGAGGCAGCAGCAAACGAUCCCCUUUGCAGGAGUUGGAUCCGGUGCAGCAGGAGCUGCUGCUGCACUGUCUUGAAGUGUUCAGAGGCCCUAGGGUGCGGCAGCUGCUGCAGGACAUGUGUCUUCUUGCUGCUGGUGCUGCUUCUCCAGCGGAUGCUUUUGUUGCUUAUGAGUUCACUUUACAUGACGCAGGCCUCACGAAGCACUUGACUGACACACAAGCAGCAGCAGGAACAGCUGCGAGGCCAAUAGAGCUGUAG